AGAAGAUGAACAGGACUGAUCUGAUGCAGAUUCUGUCAGAGACCAGCUUAACACUCAAAGAGAAACACUCAGUGGAUAAACAUUUACCUACAGCUGCAGCAGAAGCAGUGAAGGAAAAUGUUGAACGGACUCUUUUCCACACACUGUGGAGUUUGAGUUUAAAGGAGCUUGAGAAAUUCAGGUUCUUGCUACAGUUUACAUACUUCCAGAAGAGCCUUCCACAAAUCCAGUGGAUCAAAACAGAGCGGGUUGAUCAGCUGGAGGUACUGGUGGAUCAGAUGGUGAAGAACCAGCAGCCUGUUGAAGUGACCAAAGAGGUUUUACUGGACAUGAACAGAAGUGAUCUGGUUGAGAGGCUGUCAGGGACCAGCUCAGGACUCACAGAGAAAAGUCAGCCCGACUGGCUGCAGAGAGUUGAAACAUUGACAUCUGCUAUGGAGCUGCUCAUGGAAACACUGGCUGAUUUGAGUAAAGAGGAACUUCAGGAAUUCAUGACAAUCCUGAAACGUUCAUUCAGUUUUAGCUAUACCUAUUACCAUCCUUGGUGGCUGCGUAAUGAAAGAGACCAUCAGCUGUGUGUGUUUUCAAUAAUCAUGACCUCCGGCCAACACUCAGUGGAGACAACCAAAGAGAUUUUAGAAGAAAUGAAGAGGACUGAUCUGGUGCAGAGGUUAUCAGACACCAGCUCAAGAAUCAAAAAGGAACACUCAGAUGAACAACACUCUGCACUGAUCCAGAAAGUAGCAACAAUGGCAGCUGUUAGGCAUCUGCUUUUAGAAACCCUGCACUGUUUGAGUGAGAAGAAGCUAGAUGGAUUUAUGGAGUUCCUGCAGCAGAUUGUCUCCCAGAAAGACCUCAGAGCCAUCUCAUAUAUGUUGAGUGACAGAACACACAGAGCAGACACAGUGGAUCUGAUGAUGAAGACACAUGGGCAACAAUCUGUGGAACUGACUAGAGAGGUUUUAGAGAAGAUGAACAGGACUGAUCUGAUGCAGAUUCUGUCAGAGACCAGCUUAACACUCAAAGAGAAACACUCUGUGGAUAAACAUCAACCCACACCUGCAGCAGAAGCAGUAAAGGAAGAUGUCAAACGAGUUAUUUUGCAAACCCUGAGGAGCUUGAGUAAUGUGGAGUCGGAGAAAUUCAGGUACCUGCUACAGUUUACAUACUUCCAGAGGAGCCUUCAACAAAUCUCCUUGGACCGACGUGUUGUAAUGAGGCAGGAAGAUCAGCUGGAGGAACUGGUGGAUCUGAUGGUGAGGAACCAGCAGCCUGUGGAAGUGACCAAAGAGGUUUUACUGGACAUGAACAGAAGUGAUCUGGUUGAGAGGCUGCCAGGGACCAGCUCAGGACUCACAGAGAUUCAUCAGUCUGACCUUCUCCAGAAAGAACUAAAUUACCUUCAGUGGACACUUUCAACUACACUGAAAGACUUAAGGCAUGAAGAGUGGUUGCUUUUUAACGACCUCCUGCUGCAUACUUCUAUGGAAAAAGGCUACAGACGAGUCCCAGAAAAUCGAAAAAAGAGGGCAGGCAGAGUUGGCAUGGUAGAUCUGAUGGUGGAGAUAUACGGCAAACAGUGUGUGGAAGUGGCCAAAGAUGUUUUCCAGAAGAUGGGGAGGACUGAUCUGGUGGUGAAGAUGUCAGGGUCCAGCUCAAGACGCAAAACCUCAUUUAGUAACAUAUUUGAGAAGCACCUGUCCAAAAAACGUUUGAAAGAGUUCACCAUGACAGCUGACCAUGUGAAGCUUUUGGAAACACUCAGAGAAUUAAGUACUGGGGACCUGGAGAAAUUCAAGCAUGUCCUGCAGUACACAAAACUGAGAGAAGGUCUCCCAAGAAUCCCAAGAGACAGACUGGAGACAGCUGACAAAGCAGAGACAGUGAAGCUGAUGGUGGAGAUCUACGGCCAACGGUGUGUGGACGUGACUGCUGAUGUGUUAGAGAGGAUCAAAAGGAUGGAUCUGGUGGAGAAAUUGUCAGGAAGCAGUUCAGGUUUCCAAGGCUCAGCCACACUUUCAUAUUUUUGGAAACCCAGAAAAUAUUCUGUGUCUUUACAAGAAGGGGCAUCAGGAAGCUCAGAGCCUGAGGUCUGUGGGCGCAGUACGCCGGACUCCAGUCACUGGACCAAACUUGAACCUGGAGUGAUCAGCACUGGUGGAGAUGAGUUCCCUACUUACAGCCUACAGUCUGAAACAGGAAACUUCUUUGAGUGUGGUGUCUCUGGCUUGCGCUGGGUCUGUAAGGAGAAGGCCAGCUUUCAGUACCAGUUUUGCUCUUGGGAAGGACACAUGGAGAGGAUGGAAAUAAUCAAGUACAUGCCUGCAGGUCCUCUAAUAGACAUCAAAGUCAUCACUGGGAAGUUAGAUGAAGUUUACAUGCCACACUGGAUCUGUACAGAUGACAACCCAAACAUAUUGAAAGAGUUUGCAGUCCUUCACAUAGAUGACUGUGGAGACGUUGUGGAAAAUGUGUCUGAGGUCACUCCAUCCCAUGUCAAGUUAUCUGAGCCAGUUUUCUCUCCAAGAGCGGUCCUGAUCAAACUUGGCUUUCCAGUGAAAAUAAGUUGUAGUGUGUUAAUAUACUACAAACCCAACACACCAUUCCUCAAGCUACAUGUGUACCUGAUCCCAUGUGAUCCUGCUCUACAACAGACUGUGGACAAAAAUGAGUAUUCGUACGGAUUCAAAACAAUCAAAAAGCCUCGUCCAGACAAGUUCCUGAGAAUGCAGAAAGGUUUCAGCCUCACAGCAGAUCUCAGCACGGCAAAGAUUGGGCCGAAGGAAAUUACCCUCAGGUAUGAUAACCAAGACCCAAAUUUCUAUGAAGUGUUCAUAGAGAAACCAGACAGAAACUUCACACUUGAAUUAUCACAAAAGAGCAAGGGUGAAGCUCGGUGUGAACAAGUUUGGAUCUGUGAAAUCCAAAAAGAUGACUAUCAAAACCCUGCCUCAGACGACAAACCCUCUGUGGAUGAUCAGCUGAGUGCACUGGUGCAAAAAGCAGCAACAAUCACCACCACAGACAGAGACAGGCUUCUCAAAACUCUGAAAGACUUAACACUGGAGGAGUUUAAAGAGUUCAAGUGGUACCUGCAGGACAGGGGCAUCCUGGCAGGCCUCCAGUGCAUCUCAAGGAGUCAAAUAGAGAACAAAGACAUGUUGGAGCUGGUGGAUCUCAUGUUAGGGACCUACAGUACACAGUGUAUGGACAUAACCAGAAGGGUCCUUGAGGCAAUAAAUAGGAAUGAUCUGGUUGAGACAUUGUAAGACAUCAGCUGAUGACCCAAAGGUAAGUUGGUUGCAAAAUGUAUCCCAUACGUAAAUGUGUGUGACCUACAGAUCAGUGAACUUGUAAGCAGAGUUCGGUCUGCUGCUUUACAGUCGGUAAUUCAUGUAGCUUUGAAUGUCUUUAUGUUGAAAACAGUCAACUGUUGUAUCAUGUAUAGAUGCAGUUAUCAUCAGUCAAUCAAACAUGAGAUUGUUGUGUCUGUUUAAAGAGCAGAUCUGGAAUAAUUUGUUGGUGAACCCCAAAAUUACAGCAGAGUUUAUUGGUUUAUGAACAAUUACCUGCUAAAUGAAAAAAUAUCUCAUAGCCAUCUCUAUCCUAGUGAAGAUACAGGUAUCUGUGUUUCCUUAAUCUUGAAAUUUAAAUGCAAAAUUUAAAAAACAAUUUCAGUCUCUUCCUGCUUCAUCUGUGAACGCAGAGAGGAGAGCGGACUUGUCAGUUCAAAAGUCAAAACGUUUCAUUAACCCUCCUGUUAUGUUUGUUUCUUAGGGACAACAAUAAUGUUCCUGGGUCAACUUGACCCGGGGCAUAUUUAAUGAUUCAAAAGUGUCAGAACCCCCAAAAAAUUCCAAUAAACACUUUUUAGAUCUCAUCAUUUACUAACCAUUUAAAUCAAUAUUUAGUGCAUUGGUGUUCUUUAAUUCUCACAGAUCAUGGUUCAAUGAGGAUA